UGUUAUUUCAUAGCACGUUCUAACACAACAUUUCCAUGUUCUUAGCUCCCAGAGAGGAGGUUGCGUAUGUGACAUGUACUUACCGAGAAACAGGCAUUGACCAACCUGACUUCCUGGCCACCAUUGAUCUCAACCCCAGGUCUCCAUAUUACUGCCAGGUGAUCCACCGCCUGCCCGUGCCCAACCUCAAAGACGAGCUGCACUGUUCAGGGUGGAGCGCUGGCAGCACUGGCAGCGUCUGCUUUGACAAUAUCACAACGAAAAAGAACAAGCUGAUCCUCCCUGGUCUGAUUUCUUCCCGUAUUUAUGUGGUGGAUGUGGGCACGCAGUGCCGGGCUCCCACAGUGUGUAAGAUGAUUGAGCCAGUGGAUGUCUUCUGGAAGUGCAACAAGGGCCACCUUAGUGCGGUUCACAGCCUGCCCAACGGUGACAUUCUGAUUGCCAACAUGGGGGAUGCAGCCGGCCGUGGGAAAGGUGGAUUUAUUGUGCUGGAUGGAGAGACCUUUGAGCUGAAGGGUAACUGGGAACACGAGUGCGAGGUUCCCCCAACAGGCUAUGACUUCUGGUACCAGCCACGCCACAACGUUCUCAUCAGCACCGCCGGGAUGGUGCCAAGAAUUGCGGGACGGGGAUUUAACCCGGAUGAUCUGAAGAAAGGGGUCUUCGGGCGCCGCCUGAACGUGUGGAAUCUGUCCUGCCGUACCCUCACGCAGUGCUUUGACCUGGGGGAGGACUCGCUGCCCCUGAGCGUGAAGUUCCUCCACAACCCCGAUGCUGCCGAGGGCUACGUCAGCUGUGCCCUGAGCGGCGUCAUCUACCGCUUCUACAAGUGCGAGGCAAACAGCUGGGCAGUGGAAGAGGCCAUCCAGAUCCCAGCCAAGGACGUGUCGGGAUGGAUUCUGCCCAAGAUGCCGGCCUUCCCCAGCGACCUGGUCAUCUCCCUGGACGACAAGUACCUGUACGUCUGCAACUGGCUGCACGGAGACAUCCGCCAGUACGAGAUCUCCAGGACCUGCAAGCCCCGGCUGGUGGGACAGGUGUUUGUGGGAGGCAGCAUCCUGCGAGGCGGGCCCGUGACGGUGUGCAGAGAUGAAGAGCUGAAGUGCCAGCCGGAGCCCUUGGUGAUCAAGUGCAAGCGGGUGUACGGCGGCCCCGCUAAGAUCCAGCUCAGCGUGGAUGGCAAGAGGCUGUACGUCACCAACUCCUUCUACAGCACUUGGGACAAGCAGUUCUACCCGAACGUGGUCAAGGAAGGCUCUGUCAUGCUGCAGAUCGAUGUGGACACGGAGAAGGGAGGCCUGAUGGUGAACAAGAACUUCCUGGUGGAUUUUGGAAAGGAGCCCAACGGGCCUUGCCUUGCCCACGACAUCCGCUUCCCUUGCGGAGAUUCCACCUCCGACAUCUCCGCCUAGGCGCCAUGGCGCGGCUCCCUUCUUCUCUCUAGUCUGUAGUGCAGCCAUCAAACGGAGCGUGGGGUGAUUGGGUUGGGGGUCCCAUUUCUUGCUGGAAGCUACAUUUCUGCAGCCAGUGCAGGCAGCCUUUGCUUUCCGUGCACGCGAGUCCCUGGGUGCGCUCCCCAGAGCAGAGCUCGGCUCCUUGCUCAGACUCUGAGCCGUGCACAACGCACAGCUCCCUUCAGUUGCAAUCUGCAGCCUCACCGUGCCACACAGAGCCUGCUGGAGGCCGUUGAGCUCUCCGUUAGGAUUCAGAGCUUGCUCACACUCGCUGAUGAAGGCCACAGAAGGUGAAAUGCCCACAUUGUCUGCGUUGCUGUUCUUCAGCCGCGUUUGUUGCUGGGCAGUCCUUCCCUGGCACUGGGGCACAUGGAGCCUGCUGGCACGUGCCAGCGCCUGGGCCAGGAGGUGUUGCGUCGCUGAAGGAGCGUGAAGUGCUUCAUUCAGAAAGGGAUGCCUGAUUCCUGAUGCUGCUUUUCUGGUGUUCUGCUUCAAACAUGAAUAAAACU